AUGAAUUCUGCAACCGUAGAAGAAAAAAUUGAAAUGAUUCUGAUUUAUGGUGAAUGUAGGAGAAAUGUUGACGAUGCUAUUGCCUUGUAUGCUGAGCGUUUUCCAGACGAUGUUCGCUCACGUUCUUUUUUUUACAAAGCUGUGACUGGCUUUAUCUCGGAUAGCAGCGUACAAACUAAAAAAAGAAAACGAAGAACUGUUACAGGAGAAGUUAAUGAAAUAGCUGUGCUAGCAGCUGUUCACCACAACCCACAGAUGAGUCUACAUUCACAAACCAUGGUGGCGUUAAUCGACAUAACAUGCAUUACUGGAGUGUAGAAAAUCCCCACUGGUUACGACAAGUUAAACAUCAACGUCCUUAGUCGGUUAACGUUUGGUGUGGAAUCAUAGGGAACAGACUCAUUGGUCCUUAUUUUAUUGAAGGUAAUUUGAAUGGAAUCAAAUAUCGAAAUUUCCUGGAACAGGAACUACCACCACUACUUGAUGAUGUUGCCUUGGACGUUCGACAAAGUAUGUGGUUUCAGCAUGACGGUUGCCCAGCGCAUAACUCAAUA